AGGGACAGCAAGAACAUCUGUAGGCCGAUGAUCUCGACGUCAACAUCCUUGAGGAAACAGUGUGAAGGCCUGAGACUGUCCAAGACGGGGCGGGAACGUCCAGAGGAGCGUAUAGCCUUACAAAAUACACAAAACCAUAGGAACUAAAAUGAAAAUGAAAUAAUUAUUAAUUAUUUAAUUAAAUCGAGCAAUAAAUCAAUCAUCUGAUUCCCCCCAAAGAUUUCAAUUUUUUUCUCCACCCCUCUUUUCUCAACCCUGACGGUUUCAAAACCCUAAAAAAAUGGGUGACACAUCGGGAAGAAUCGACGUUGAGAAGCUGAUCUCAUACAGCGAUGAUCUUGUUAAAUGUUUGAAAAACGAAAAAGACAUCAAUUUCCUCAACCACUGCGUUGAACGAUCCAAUGCACUCCGCUCCCGUUGCCUCUCUGAUCAUGCUGGAGUUGACACUUCUCUUCAAGGUUAUCAUAAAAAGAUAGACAUGUGCAAGCAAAAGAUAGAAGCGGCAAAGGCUGAAGUGGCUUCAGAUGUCGAGAUUCAUUUGCUUCAAAAAGAACUGGAUGACGAGACUCGGAGAGAGGCAUUGCUACGAGAGGACCUUAGAGCCGUCACCAGUCAAAUUAAAGACCUUGAAGAGCAAAGAAGUUUUAUUGAAGAGAGAAGGCAGGUUCUGAAGAAACUCGAACAAAAUGAAAUGAAGACACAGAAGACGCUGUCAAUGUACGCAUCCGUAACCAACAUUAUCCCCGACUUCAACGAGCAGUCAAGGAUAACCGGACAUAUUGUUGAUAAAGACAAGAAAGUAGUUGAAAAGUUCGAGCUCAGUUCCCAGGAGAUGAGUGAUUUCGAUACUUGUAAUGCAAUCUGGAAGAUGAUAGUCCACUGACGGAAAAGACUGAAGCUUUCGCAUCAUGUGCAUAAGUUAGUUUUGUAACUUGUGAUUAUGUUUAUCUAUUAUUCAGGUUGUGUCGAUUACCAUUUUUUUCUUGGAUGUGGUUUGUGUGAUAUGUAGUGUGUCUGAUCGGACAAAACGAUUGUUCUUUCUGCAUGAUAAGACCCAUAACUUCUAUUUGUUA